GUUUAGUGGUACCUUCGCUGUUAUUUUAAGACGCGAUUUUCUCUGGUCUUCAUGGCGACUGGCUUGCUUCUGUAUUCUCGUUCCACACCCUGCCAUCUAAUAGGUCACCUACAUCGAAGUCAUCACCCCGCCAAAAUGGCCGCCGAAACCCCAGCUCUUUCGGUGCACGUCACAAUCACUGUUGAUCCAGCCAAAACGGAUGACUUUUUGAAGGCGCUGCGUCCUACCUACGAGGCCGUUGUCGCCGAGCCUAAGAACACCUUCUUCGAGCUUUACCGAAACGACAAGACACCGGGUGUCUUCGUCAUUGUGGAGAACUGGAACGCCGACCCUGACUACAUGUUCAAUGUCCAAAUCAAGAAGGACUACUACAAACCAUACCACGCCGCCUUGCAGGACAUGCUUCUGAAACCGAUUGAGCAUGAGAUUUACAGCAGGAUGCCCGGAAAUGAGUGGUCUAGUGUGAAGCAGGAUAGCUGAAUUGAUAAGACAAUGUGGAGUAAAAAAAGUUCGGAGACUGACGAACACGAACGGGUCGAAGUUGGGGCUGGGUUUGGGGACGUUGAAGUGAGCUAGUUUUGAAUCAAUGAGAUGCACCGUGACCGUG